AUGUGUUCCAUCAUUAUUGCUGUGUAUUUCCUCCUCUUCCUCCUCCCCCCUCAUGCCCUGGCCCUGUGGGCCUGCACUCGCUCUUGUCCUCCCAGCUGCACAUGUACCCAGGAGAAGAGCUGCAGCGUCCUGUGUGACCACGUCAGCAUGAUGGACCUGCCCAAAGAGUUCCCCUGCGAGGCGGCCUCCAUCAACCUGGACAAGAACAGCAUCAAGUUUCUGUCCGAGCGAGCCUUUGGCACCCUGCCUUCGCUCAAGACGCUCUCGCUCAACCACAACAACAUCUCCUUCAUCACGCCGGGAGCAUUUAAAGGGCUGCCCAACUUACUGGAGCUCAAGUUGGCCCACAACGAGUACAUCCGCUACCUGCACACUCGCUCCUUCACGGCACUCAAGCGCCUGGUGCGUCUGGACCUCUCCGACUGUAACCUGUUCAGCAUGCCAGACCGCAUCUUCCUGGAGCAGAUCUCCCUGAAGGAACUGCUGUGCUUCCAGAACAACUUUCGACGGGUUCCCGGUGCCCUAAGGGGGAUGGAAAACCUCACACACGUUUACUUGGAGCGAAACAAGAUCGAAGCGGUGGCCUACAACUCUUUAUUGGGCCUAACCAACCUCAAGUACCUGAACCUACAGGAGAAUCGCAUAAACGUGAUCCACGACGAGGCCUUCAAAGAUCUAGUGCGUCUGGAGAACUUCUACCUGAACGAUAAUCUGUUAGUCGACUUGCCUCAGCAGGCUUUCAAGGGCUUAAGCAACUUAAAAAUGUUGAAUCUGGGUGGGAACAUGCUGACCAAUGUCUCCAAAGCAUGGUUCAGUGACCUGGUGGAGCUGGAGGUGCUGUACCUGGACCGAAACCGGCUGUCCUAUAUAGAGGAGGGAGCCUUUGAGAACCUGACGAGCCUCAUCACUCUGCACCUCAACAGCAACAACCUGACAUCUCUGCCCUUCUCCGUCUUCCAGCCCAUCUAUUUAAUCGGCCGGCUGUAUCUGUUUCGAAACCCCUGGGAGUGUACCUGCGACCUGGAGUGGUUGAGGGAGUGGAUGGAGAGUUAUAAGUUGGUGAGGGACAUUCCUUGUGCAUCUCCGUCUUCUGUGGCCGGCCUGGACCUGAGUGAAGUUGUCUUCGCUCACCUGAACGGCACCUGUCUGGAUCCCCCGGAGCUCAACCUGACCACAACUCUUCCCGAGAAUUCCACCGUGGAGAACAAGUUCAGCAGCUUCAUCUCCAAACUUCUAGAGCAGGAACUGAGGGAGGAGAUGGUCAACAUCACGGAUGGUCUGAGGAACGGCACCCAGCAGGACCCUGCCGAGAGUCAGGUUUCUUCUGGACGUGGACUGUUUGGAGCUCCUCGGUCUGUGUUUCUUCUUGUGAUUCUUUUUCAAGUCCAGAUUGACUGCAUUAAUGCCUCUUGAGAGUCUGGUGAAUAGCGAAAGGGAUUGAAGCGCAUCCAAGAGUGGAAGUAAUUUUCCAGUAUGGGAAAUGUUUGGGUUUGGGGCCGUGAUG